UGUGGCUUUCCCAGUGCAACAAGUCAAAAUGGCUGCUGUGGAAAAGUUCGUCCCUCCACCAGCAGGCGGCGGUGUCGUCAUGUCUGUCGUUUUCUCUGCUGUCGCUCACUUAAUGACGUCGUAUUAACGCGACAGAAACGUAACGCAUACAUCAGCGGCCUGUGUUUUCACUCGAACGCUGUAAUUUUUUGUCUUUGGUGGAGGAUUUUUCUCUACAAACAUGAAACUUGUAAGAUUUUUAAUGAAACUCAGCCAUGAGACAGUGACCAUCGAGCUGAAAAAUGGCACCCAGGUGCAUGGCACCAUAACAGGAGUCGAUGUCAGCAUGAACACCCACCUGAAGGCAGUGAAAAUGACACUGAAAAACCGAGAGCCCACUCAGCUGGAAUCUUUGAGUAUUCGUGGCAACAAUAUCCGCUACUUCAUCCUUCCUGACAGCCUCCCACUGGACACUCUGCUGGUCGACAUCGAGCCAAAGAUUAAGUCAAAAAAGAGAGAAGCAGUGGCCGGCCGUGGAAGAGGCCGAGGAAGAGGCCGGGGAAGAGGCAGAGGACGAGGCCGGGGAGGCCCAAGAAGAUGAUUGCAAGGCUAGAUUUUUGCUGACCACCCCCCCACUGUUUGUACAGGAUUUCUUUUUUUCUCAGAGGAAACAUUUUUUGUGAAUUUCCAUGUGUUCCAUACGUUUAGUUAUUUUUUUUUGUUUGUUUUCUUCCUUAUUUUGUACAUUAAAAUCCUUCUGAAGAGGAUAAAGUGACUCUGUGUAUUAUUGAGACUUUGGUAACUAUCUUUGGAUAUAUUUGUGUUUGUGUCUCACUUUACAUGGUUUUCAUUACAUGGCUGAAUAAAGAAACUUUGCAUGGAAA